AACUCUAAAUUGCAGCGUGUUUUUUUGGGGAUAAAUGCUACUUCCACACCAGCUAAACAAUGUCCCCGUCUGCCAUGUGCAUUUCUGUGGUGGUGUUUGUGGAAAAAAGGUUAAAGUACGGACGUAAAAUAACUAAAAUGUUUGUUAAAAAUUAAUCUUUUUGUUCCUCUUUUCUUUCAGAAAUGACUCCUCCACAUGGGAGCUCCAUCUGCCCUAUAUGCCUCCAUGUCUAUCAGGCACUAGCACAGCACCUGAAGCGGGCACAUGGUGUCUUUAAUCUGCAUGAGAGGAGGCUGUUACUCAGCAUGGCCUCCGGACGGGUCAAUAUCCGGCAGUGCCCUUGUCCAGUCUCGGGCUGCUCCUACCACAGCACGAGACUGGACCAGCACCUUCUGGAUGGGCACCCGGAGCUGACCCGGACCCGCUUAUUGAACGAGGAGCACGCCGUCAGAAAGGCGGCGGUAGUUCAGCUGCUGGGCUGCCUGAGGGCCACAAACCCUCGGGUAGCCAUGGUCUCGGCGUUAGACCUGGUUGUGUGCUCAGCUGAGGACCGGCAGGUUGUCGGCGAGGUCGACCCGGGGGUGGUGGUCGCCUGCCAAAUGCCAGCAUGUGUGAGUGUGAGGGCGGAGCACCAGGAGAACACUGCCACCAUGGAGCGGCUGGAGAGGGAGUCUACCCUGCAUCUAAAAACAAUCAAGGUGCAGGCCCGGAAGCUCCGCCGCUACCAGCUGGUAGUCAGAGGGAUGAAUGAAGCUGCAGCGGGCAGCCGGGAGAAGGAGGUCGAACAGCGGCCGGAGGAGGUCGUGGCCGGGCCAAGCAGGCAGCUGCCACUGCAACUGCAUAGGAUCACCUUCAAGGGGAGGGUAGAGGUUAAGCGAUGA